CCAACCAUCAUAUAAAUACAAUCAGAAAAAAUACAGGAACUACUAACAGAGCCAAAUCCAAGAAUAUUGAGGUGGGGAUCUCAAAGCAUGCAACAGUACCAUUUCGUACUCGUCCACGGCGCCUGCCACGGCGCGUGGAGCUGGUACAAGCUCAAGCACCGGCUCGAGUCGGCCGGCCACCAGGUCACUGCGCUCGACCUUGCCGCCAGCGGCACCGAUGUGAGGUCCAUGCACGACGUCUGCACUUUCCAUGAGUACUCCGAGCCGCUGCUGGAGCUCCUGGCUUCGCUCGGGCAGGGCGAGAGGGCGAUCCUCGUCGGCCACAGCUUGGGCGGCGUGAACUUGGCUCUCGCUGCCGACAGGUUCCCGGAGAAGAUCUCAGCAGCUGUUUUCUUGGCGGCUUUCAUGCCGGACACCGCACAUCGGCCGUCAUACGUGUUGGAAGAGUAUUGUGCAAGGGCUCCGAAGGGAGCGUGGCUAGACACUCAAUUCGCCCCUGUGGGAAAGCCUGACAAACCCUUAACAACCAUGUUCUUCGGCCCCGACUUCUUGUCAUCCAAGCUCUACCAUCUGUCUCCUCCUGAGGAUCUGGAGCUCGGCAAAAUCUUGACGAGGCCGGGGUCACUGUUCCUGGAAGACCUGAGCACGUCGAGCAACUUCACCCGCAAGGGGUACGGGUCAACAACACGAGUCUACGUCGUGUGCAGACAAGAUCUGGGGAUACCCCUGGAGUUCCAACGGUGGAUGAUCGAGAACGGCGGGGCUGACCACGUCCUGGAGGUGGACGGCGCGGAUCACAUGGCCAUGCUUUCGAAGCCACAGGAGCUUUGCGAUUGUCUGUUGGAGAUUGGGGCCAACCACGUACGGGCCUAACAUUUGCCAUGGCGGAGGAGGCUUUGGUUCUGCUCGAUCGUUUGUGAUUUGAUUUUCGCAUUCGUGAGUUUGGUUUGUAAUUCCUUUUCAGCUGUCGAGUCGAUACGAGCAUCUGCUGUUGUUUAGUUCGAACUCGCAAGUAAAAUCCAAAUCAGCAAGAGUCCUUGCCCGA